UUUAGUUUUAGUCACGAUAAAUGUAGUACGUACGUGCAGGCAUUGUUUUAGUACUUAUUAUUAAUUUGAUAUCAUUAUCGUUUAACUCAUCAACGUUAUGGCUCCGUUUAACACCAACGACUUGCAGAGGAUAUUCGAAAAGCUAGACCGAAAUGGGGAUGGCCUGGUGAGUCUUGAAGAGCUCAACUGGGUUCUCGAGAGAAUUGGCGUUCAUUACAGCCUUGAGGAGCUUGAGUUACUGUUUGAAAAACCGACUCUCGACUUCGAUGAAUUCUUGUUCUUCUGCGAUUCGCUUAUAUCGAACCAGAAGGCUACGACUUCAAGUAGCAACGAGAAUGAGGAGUCUGAGGAGGUGGAGAAGGAUGAUGAUGAAGAAAGUGACCUUUUCGAAGCAUUCAGUGUGUUUGAUUUGAAUGGCGAUGGUUUCAUUACUAGCGAGGAGCUUCAGAGCGUGCUGGCGAGACUUGGAAUGUGGGAUGAAACGAGUGGGAAGGAUUGCAGAAGCAUGAUUCGUGUUUACGAUACAAAUUCUGAUGGAGUUCUUGACUUUGAAGAAUUUAAGAACAUGAUGCUUCGCACCAUUUCUUAAUUUUUUAACUAUUUAAUUUCUUAGCAAACUAUAUAAAUAUGUUUUUUAAGUUAUUGCAAAAUUAAUAGCCGCACUUAGUAUGUAAUAUUAUUGUUUUGUUUAAGCGAAUUUAUUUAUCCCAUUGUGCUUAAUUUGUACACUAUAUAAAAGAAGUUAUGUUUAUGGCUUAUAGUUAUAUAUAU